AACAAGGCUGUCGGGAGAGGCAUUCAGGAGAGUAACACGCCGGACACGCACACGCAGGCAGACACGCGCGCGAACGCCCGGCACACGGCUCCCCACUCGCGCACACGCACACACGCACGGGCACAGGCACACGCGGUCCGGGCGCUACGAGCGCGGAGGAUGUGCAGGCAUAGAGGAAGCCGCUGCGCCGCCGAGGAGGAGGAGGAGGAAAAGGAGGAGGAGGUGGAGGAGGAGGAGGGGAAGGAAGAGGAGGAGGAGGAGGUCGCCGCUCUCCGCUCGCCGCCGCCGGGGCUCGGCCGCCGCCGCUCCCGCGGAGGCUGCUGUCGCCACCGCUGUCGCCGCCGCCGGUGCCGGUGUGGGCUCUCGGAGAGGCGGGAGGUCGAGAGACGAGCCGCUCGCCCGCGAUCAGAAAAAAAAUCGGAUGUGACUAAAUUCGCAGAGGAGACGAAUUCACGGCGAAGUGUAAAAAUAGAGAACGGGAAUAAUAAUGACACUUGCAGAAAAAGAGAGAUCCAAAGUAGGAAUGAAGCGAAAGACACAAGGAGGAAGGGUGGAAAAAAAGAAGAAAAGGAAGGAGAAGAGGGAGAUGAAGGGGGGGCACACAACUAAUAGAAUAUGCAAGAAAGGGAAGGGGGGGAGAGAGGGAGAGAGGGGGAGAGAGGGAGAGAGAAGGAGAGAGAGAGAGACCCAAAAAAUGAAUGCGUUUAAACGGGAAGCCUAGCAAAGCAAUGUUUCCGAAAGGGGGAUCUGCGCGAAUGUCUGUAUAUAGUGAACUUUGACACUACUAUUGAAACUGACACGUUUCUAUGGAGAUCGCUGCCUUAUAUGGAGCUCGUGUCAAGGAGCCAAGAGAAGGGCUGCUGGCAACUGAUAAUCAAAGGCGACUGACUGGUCAGAGCCCUGAACUGGGGGGAGAGAAAAUGAGAGGCUAAGACCUGAUUAGUACGGGUCGCCUGUGACCCCUCUAC